UUAUAACUUGGCGGGAAUCCGCAGGUGUAUGCGAGUUGCUCGACGAGAGUCGUUUAUUCACCCUCUCGACCGCAAGUUGUUUGCAAAAACUAAAAAUGCAAGCUUUUCUGAAGACUGGAAAACUGGGACCGUCGGAGCCUGGUACAUCAAAAAGACCAAGAGAAACCAAAGAAGAAAGAAGUAGCAGGAUUAAAGAAGCUAAACAAAAAUGCACUCCUUGGGUUGAAAAAUACCGACCUAAAACUGUUGAUGAAGUCGUGGAACAAGGAGAAGUCGUUGAAGUGCUUCGACAGUGUAUGAGUGGGACUGAUUUUCCUAAUCUUCUCUUGUACGGUCCUCCAGGUACUGGUAAGACCAGUACAAUCUUAGCUGCUGCCAGACAAAUGUUUGGAGAUCAGUUCAGGGAAAGAAUUCUAGAGCUCAAUGCAUCUGAUGAGAGAGGAAUUCAAGUGGUCAGGGACAAAAUUAAAUCAUUCGCACAGUUGACAGUUAGCAGCUAUAAAGCAGACGGCACUAAAUGUCCACCAUUCAAAUUAAUUAUUCUUGAUGAAGCUGACAGCAUGACGGAUGCAGCACAAUCAGCUUUGAGAAGAACCAUGGAGAAAGAAACAAAAAAUACCAGAUUUUGUUUAAUUUGUAAUUACGUAUCUAGAAUUAUAGACCCACUUACCUCUCGUUGUACAAAGUUUAGAUUUAAGCCUCUUGGAGAAGAGAAAAUUAUUGAAAGAUUAGAAUACAUAUGUCAACAAGAAGAUUUGAAAGCAGAAAAAUGUGUGCUCAAAGCUGUUAAUGAUGCAGCAGGAGGUGAUUUACGUAGAGCAAUAACUUGUUUACAAUCUGUCACAAGACUUAAGGGAAAAGGAAUUGAAGUAUAUCUUGAAGAUGUUAUAGAAGUAACUGGUUUUGUUCCAAGAAAAUGGUUAGAUGAUUUGAUUCAAGUGUGUGAAACCAAAAAUUACAAUGAAGUUGAAGCUUAUGUUGAUAAGUUUAUGUUAGAAGGUUAUUCAGCAAGUCAGGUUGUUGAUCAACUAAAUGACAUUCUUAUUUUUUCGAAUCAACUUACUGAUAAACAAAAAGCUGUGAUUGGCGAAAAACUUGCGGAAUGCAGUUACAGAUUACUAGAGGGUGGAAGUGAAUAUGUACAGUUUAUGGAUCUUUGCUGUGGAAUUAUAACGGCAUUUGAAAUAUGUUAAUUGCGUAAGGAUUCACUUGUAAAAUUUCUAAAAAAAUUUCAGUAAGACAGAAAUGAGAUUUCUAUCUUACGGAUCUUGAUACAAAAUUUUAGCGUGUAGAAAAUGUUAAUAUCAUAACUUUGGCACAUCCGAUUUAAACAAUUCAAAAUCAGGAUUGCAAACACAUUGUUUUAACAUUCAAUGAUCAAAUAAAAUAGUCGCGAAAUAUUUUCUUAUACUGAUUAA